CUCUCGCACUCCCUCCCUCUCUCUCUCUCUCUCUCCCUCUGUCUGUCUUUCUUUCUUCCUCUCUUUCUCCCUUCCCCGUCACUUCUUCCGUCGCCACCCUACACUCCUUCAACCCCUUACCGAUCCCCCCUUCCUAUACUGUGAAUCGCCACCACACAAGCAACCAACAUUAGUAUGGAGUUAUGGAGACCACGGGUCGAAAUACCGAUUUAUCCUGUAUCUCCGGAAUUUUUUCAUGCUUUGUAUUAUCGGUCGUUUAUAUCGCGAGUUUGUACGUAUGGAAUUCUCCUCACAACAGAGAACAUCCUUCUACUAUAAAAAGAAGAUUCUUUAGUGUUUUUAUUGUUGCUUUAAUUUCACCAAUAUUUCUAUAUGUUGGCUUGGACGAGGAGGUUUUCCAAAAAGCGACCAUUUGGGAAUUAUUGGGUUUACGAUGGUCUGGCCUAUUCCAGGCAAGUGUAAUACCAUUUCUUUUAACAAUGAUCUUGUUUUUGGGCCCAUUGAGUGUACAAAUUCUUAAUGGUUUUUGGAGAUUAUAUGCUGAACCUAUGUAUUGGUUAGGAAGUGUACAUACAUUAAUUUGGUGGAGGAAUCACAUUGUUGCACCACUCUCUGAGGAAUGGACUUUUAGAGCUUGCAUGUUACCAUUACUUUUACAAUGUUUUACACAAACUACUGCCAUUUUUAUAUGUCCAUUAUUCUUUGGAGUAGCACAUUUUCAUCAUGUAGUAGAAAGAAUAAAAAUGGGUAUGGAAAUAAAACUUGCUUUAUUCAUAUCUUGUUUCCAAUUUGCAUAUACUACGUUAUUUGGAGCUUAUGCUGCAUUUCUAUUUGUUAAAACAGGGCAUUUUAUAGCUCCUUUCAUAGCUCAUUCAUUUUGCAAUCAUAUGGGAUUUCCUGAAUUAUCAGAAGUUGUGGCAUAUAAAGAUCCUUUGAAAAGGGCAGCUCUAUUUUCUUUAUUUGUCAUUGGUUUGUUUGCAUGGUGUUUUCUAUUAACACCAAUGACUGAUCCAGCAAUAUAUCAUAAUAAUUUAUUCUGAUAUCAAAAGAUUUAUAUGAAUCAUAUUUUGCAAAGUUGUUACGGGUGUUAGACUAAUAUUUCUAUCGGAUAUCUUAUUUGUAACGAAAUAAUAAUUAAUCAUGUUAUAUGGCACUGACAUAUGUUAAUACUUAAGAUAUAUGUAUAAGGAUAUACUUGUAGAUUACAUUAUAAAACUUGUUAACAUUAAGUUUAAUAAUGCAUAUAAUAUGCAUAAUGUGAUUAUACUCCAUAUAAUAUCAGUCAGAAUAACUAUAAAAUAUCACCGUAGUGCCUGAGAAAAUAAAACUUUUACUGUAAAUUAUACGUGCCAAUAAUAUUAGACAAAAAAUAUGAUUUUACCUAAUGUUCUUUUAG